CAAAAAAGAAAUUGAAUAUUUCCAUUCUACUUUCACCACGAAACCUUCGCUUUUUCUCUUUCAACGCUUUCCUUUCCCUUUCUUUUUCCUUUCCUUCCAUAUUCUCAUUGCUAUAAAACCCAUCAUUUCUAUCAUUAGCAAGAAAAAAAAAAAAAAAAACCAGACCCAUUUUUUAUUUUUAAUUUUUUUCUGCUUGAAAUUUCUCUCUCUGAUAACCCCAAAUCCUCAAGUGUCUUGUAGAGAGAGAGAGAAAAAACAGAAACACAAAAACAAAAAAGAAAGGGGAAAAAAUUCUAAAUUCAGUAUCCAUUUUAAUCGACAAUUUAAAAGGAUGGGUCAAGCUUUUCGCAAGCUCUUCGAUACCUUUUUCGGUAACUCAGAGAUGAGGGUCGUGAUGCUUGGCCUUGAUGCAGCUGGAAAAACAACUAUAUUGUACAAGUUGCACAUUGGAGAAGUUUUAUCUACUGUCCCCACUAUUGGAUUCAAUGUGGAGAAAGUUCAAUAUAAGAAUGUGAUGUUUACAGUUUGGGAUGUUGGUGGACAAGAGAAACUAAGGCCACUCUGGAGGCACUACUUUAAUAACACAGAUGGAUUGAUCUACGUUGUUGAUUCCUUGGACCGAGAGAGGAUUGGGAAAGCUAAAAAUGAAUUUCAGACUAUUAUCAAUGAUCCAUUUAUGCUCAACAGUGUCAUCUUGGUGUUCGCCAACAAACAGGACAUGAAAGGAGCAAUGACUCCAAUGGAAGUAUGUGAAGGAUUAGGCCUUUUUGAUCUGAAGAACCGAAAAUGGCACAUACAAGGUACUUGUGCACUUAGAGGUGAUGGUCUCUAUGAAGGCUUGGACUGGUUAGCCAGUACGCUCAAGGCAAUGAGAGCUGCUGGAUAUUCAUCGAUAGGUUCAUCAUCAUUCUCAUAAACACAGGUUCCAACCCCUUCUCUCUCCCAUUAAAACGGAGCUCGAAAACAAGAAAAUAAUUCUUAACAACUUCAUUCCUAGAUACAUCAUCAUCAUUGAAGCUUGUAAGCCGUGUUUAAAUCGCUAGGAAGUUUGAUGUUGUAAUCGAAGUUUUUUUUUUUUUUUUUUUAAUUUUUUAUCGGUUUAGUCUAAAAGCUGAUGAAAGUCUAGUUGGGGGGGGGGGUGUUUCCCCUUGCAUCUUAUAUGGCACUUAGAUGAGUGAGUUUCUACCAAUGUGCAUAUUGAAAAAGGCAGGUAUUACAUCAAAUGAAUUUCAUUUGCUUACCAGGGAUAUUUAGAUUGACCCAUAAGACUCACAUAAAGUGGAAAAUGAUUGUCAUUUUGAGAUUUCUUUUGUUUUUUCAAUCAAGAAUUUGAGGUUGCAA